AUUUUCAGAAUUAUGUAAAGUAUCGAGAAGGAUGGCUUCCGCAACAUCUUGCCCAAGACAUCGACGUAUUCGCAAACGACACAGUCAACGAACAAGAAGGAGCUGAUAGUGUUUCAAGGCUGGAGCACGUAGAAGCCAUCGUCCCGUGUGGAGACCCUAAGGCCGGAAGACUACAAUUCACGAUCCCGCCACUUUUUGACCCAUCCCCAAUCGUGAAUCGCCCAGAAUGGACAGAGGUCGUGUUCUCUUUCUCAGAGAGUAUUACAUUGGUGACUGGGUACUUCGAUUUGGGGCCCUUGCCCAAAUGGUACGGUACUGCUGAUGUCAAUACUUACAAAAAAUUCAUGCUCCGUUUAGGAAAGAUUCGGAACCCGAUGGUUUUCUUUGUCGAUGAACAAGACAAUGAUAUCCAGAUAUUUUUACAAAAGGUGCGCUCGAAGCAGGUAACACUUUUCAAGCCUGUCAAGAGAUCGGAUUUGUGGGCGUUUGGUUUUCUACAGCCAAUUACCCAAAUGUUCAGUUUAUCAUGUUUUCCGAAGCAUCGUACUUUGACAACUGUUCCAAACUAUGCAUGCACUGUUCUUUCAAAAUUUGAAUUUGUUAAAAUGGCGAUUGAAGAAAAUUACUUCAAAACAAAAUAUUUUGCUUGGAUGGAUGCUGGCUACUGGAGAGAUGCACCAAUUGACGGCCCAUACUUCUCGAUGGUGCUUCCACCACGAUUUAACGACAGUACGGUUGCUAUAGUUGAGGUAAACCCACCUAACACAAAGCUAACCAUGAAAGACAUGGUCUGGGGUGCAAGUGUCUGGAUAGCUGGCGGCUUUUUGAUAGGGCGUGGAGAUGUGUUCACAAGGUAUUGUCACCAGUUUAUGGAGUACAGCCACCUUAUGCUUAGGGCGGGAAUGAUGAAUUCAGAAGAACAAGUGAUCUAUGGUAUCUACCACGCAAGGAACUAUCAGCCCAAAGUGAUGAUGCAGCUUUAUCCUGCAGAACAACGCUACUUUAACUGGUUCACACUGGGAUUUAUGUGUAAAGAAGAGGCCGAGAAGGCUGUUUACAAGGCCCCUCCACUGAACUAGAGCAGUGGUCCCCUCAUACUUUUUUCCAUGUCUUCAUGACUUCGUCCCUUUUUUCAUCCACUCUCAAAAUCAUUCAUGCCGCAAAUUACCAGAUUACCCUCUCUUCUCCUUAGACCAGUAAUCAAAUUUUGCCGAGGAGAGGACUAGUGGGAAUUUUGAAAAUUUAGUAAGUCCUAGGUAAAGGCAAAAAGUGGGUAUUUUGAACUUUUUACGUAAUGCCGUGUAAAAUUUGAAUUUUAGUCGAAGUAAAUAGAGCGGUAGUUUUAGACGACUUAU